AAUUUGCUCCGACCCCCACUUGAUUGAUAUCUUUGCUACAGCUGUUAGGACUUUGGACCUUAUCUUGGUACAGAGAUCAUAAAACAUUAUUUUUCUACUGAUUAAUAUAAGUUGAAGGCAAGAAAAGAAAUUAAAUUUCUAUAACAAUGCUUUUCACCUGCACCAGAACAUUGCGAGCUGCUAGCAAAUUUGGCUCAUUAAUACGUUAUGAAUCUACCUUGGUCAUUGCAGAACAUAAUAAUGAGAAUUUAUUACCAAUCACUUGCAACACAUUAACAGCUGCCAAGAAAAUUGGUGGCGAUGUAACUGUACUAGUUGCUGGCACAAAAUGUGAUACAGUUGCACAAAAAGUAUGUAAGGCCAAAGGUAUAUCCAAAAUUCUCCUUGCAGAUAGUGAUGCAUUUAAAGGAUUUACUGCAGAGUCAUUGACGCCACUUAUACUUAAAUUGCAUAAUGAACUCAAAUUUACACAUAUAUUAUCUGGUGCAAGCGCGUUUGGCAAGGCAUUGCUUCCUAGGAUUGCAGCCAAGUUAGAUGUAUCUCCAAUAAGUGAUAUUAUUGAUAUAAAAACGCCAGAUACCUUUGUACGUACCAUAUAUGCUGGUAAUGCUAUUCAGACUCUUAAGUCUAAAGACAAUGUAAAAGUGAUAUCUGUGAGAAGCACCUCUUUUGAACCAUUACCUUUGGAAGGUGGUGAAACUAAACAUGAAAGUCUUCCUACUGGUGAUUAUACUUCAAAUCAAGUGCAAUACAUUAAACAGGAGCUCAGUAAAUCUGAUAGACCAGAACUGACAUCUGCUAAAGUUGUGAUUUCUGGCGGACGUGGAAUGAAAUCUGGUGAAAAUUUCAAAUUAUUAUAUACACUGGCAGAUAAACUCAAUGCAGCGGUAGGAGCUUCUCGAGCUGCGGUCGAUGCAGGAUUUGUGCCAAAUGAUUUGCAAGUAGGACAAACAGGAAAAAUUGUUGCUCCUAAUUUAUAUAUAGCGGUUGGAAUUUCGGGUGCAAUUCAGCAUCUUGCUGGCAUGAAGGAUUCUAAAACAAUUGUAGCAAUCAAUAAAGAUCCAGAGGCUCCCAUUUUUCAAGUAGCAGAUUUCGGAUUAGUCGCAGAUUUAUUUAAGGCUGUACCCGAACUCACGGAGAAAUUAUAUCAAACAAUGUAAAUCCGAAAAGUAAAGACUUUUGUAUUUGUUUUUACAAGCAAAUGAUUUAAUUAUGCAGGUUUGAUUGAUCUUGAAAAUAUACCAUUUCGCUAUAAUUAUGAUUGAUAAAGAUUACAUUGUCUACAUCUCACAUCUACUCGAAAUUGAGUUUAAUAAACUUGCAUCACUUGACAUCUUAUAUAAAAAAAGUAAUUAAAAU